AUGCACCACUUUUUGGGGCGCCCUAACUGUGCCCCACCUAUUGAAGUCUUUUUACUUUCCGAGGAGUGUAGAGCCGAUGUUGAUGAGCAUAAGGUCAACCUGACUGUUGGAGCUUACCGCACUAAUGAAGGGCAACCAUGGAUUUUGCCUUGUGUUAAAUCCGUUGAGCUGUCUAUGGCAGCUGAUUCAAAUCUUAAUAAGGAAUAUUUGCCCAUAACUGGUAUAGAUGGCUUCGUCUCAGCCGGCAUGAAGCUGCUUUUGGGAGAAGACAGCCCACUUAUCUGUUCAAAAAAGGUAUUUGGUUUGUUUUCUAAUCUGAGUUUUGUUCCAGGUUGUUUAUAUUUCUCAUCCUACCUGGGUAUAUCAGCUCUCGUGGGGUUAGAGAUACGAACGUAUGUCUAUUGGGACCCAACAACUCGUGGUGUGUGUUUCAAUGGAAUGUUAAAGGAUCUCGGAGAAGCGCCCGAGGGGUCUGUUGUUAUACUUCAUGCAUGCGCCCACAACCCAACUGGCAUGGAUUUAGAUCGUGAUCAAUGGAUAAAAGUGGCUGAAGUUGUCAAAGAAAGAAAGCUCUUCGCCUUAUUUGACAUCGCAUAUCAAGGGUUCGCAAGUGGUGAUCUGGAUCGAGACGCAUGGGCUGUUCGGUAUUUCGCAUCCCAAGGAUUAGAGCUACUGGUUGCACAAUCAUUUUCCAAGAAUUUUGGGCUGUACAAAAAUUUGUGCAUUUCUAGUUUGUAG